UCUUGCUCUCGUCACUGGUUAGACUUGUGAUGAGUCAAUAAAUACUAUCUUUUAUACUAUAGCCUCCCUUGCACCUGGGAACGGCGAUGGCGUUCAACUUCAACUGGUCGCCGCUUAUGGCGGACGCGAGUUUCUAUACUCGUGCCCAAGACCUGCUGACGGCUGCCUUGAAUAAAUCGCCUAAACCGCCUAUCAUCGUCGACGACAUCAUCGUCACUGAAUUGAAUCUUGGUUCCAUCCCCCCCGAACUGGAGAUCUUGGAAAUUGGGGAUUUGGCGGAGGAUCGCUUUCGAGGCAUCUUCAAGAUGUCAUAUACUGGAGAUGCCUUCCUUACCCUGAAGACGCGCGUUCAGGCGAAUCCUCUCAAUACCUACCUCCUCACUCGUCCCUCCUUCGCGACUCCCAUGCCCGUCGCUGCAGCAACUCCUCUCACCAUCCCCCUGCAAAUUACCCUCUCCGAUUUCAAGCUCUCCGGCUUUGUCAUCUUAGUGUUUUCGAAGCAAAAAGGCAUCACCGUCGUUUUCCGGAAUGACCCCCUCGAAUCGCUUAAAGUCUCGUCGACUUUCGACUCUAUUCCGUUUGUGCGCGACUUCCUGCAAAGAGAGAUAGAAGCACAGCUUCGGAUUCUGUUCAUGGACGAAUUGCCCGCCAUCAUACAUCGUUUAUCCCUUCGACUGUGGGUCCCAGAGUAUCGCGCGGGAGAGGAGCUACAGAAUGAAGCUACGGACACUGCAGGCGAAGGCCCCGGCCAAGAUCCGCUGGCAAGCCCGCCGCAAGACCCGGUUGAUGCCUCUGGAAACGCCCUGGACGAAUCGGAGAUCGCAUCACUUUCCCUCGAUUCGACUGUCGAAACUCAUUCCUUAUUCUCGCAAAAGAACCUCCUCCGGCUGGCCGCCCUUACGGAUUCACAGCGGACAUUAUCACUUUUCACCCCGUCCAUUCAGGAAGUCGUCUACCGUGCAUGGACUUCGCCAUCCGACUCGGGCGAUCUCUCGGGAGGCGUGACGUCACCUCUGAGUCCAAUGCUUUCCAGGACGCAUUCGCAAAUUGGUGGCAUGUCCUCCUCUUUCCAGGACACAGCCAGUAUGGUGUCCGCACACAGCCGGUCCUCCGCAAACACACACACAUUCAGCAGUUACGGCUUGAAUCUGGGCUCUGGUCGUCAUUCGAAGUCCAACGCGAGGAGACGGAAGAAGCGUGUCGUCGAUCUGCGUCGCCCUAAGACUACGGACGACGCGGUCAGCGUCAGUGGUGAGAGUACCUACACGGAGACUACGAGCGCCGCAUCGGUCUACUCAGCUCCUCUACCUGUGAUGAGCGAACAGACCGAUGAUCCAGUGACGCCCCCGCUUUCGCCCAACAGCGACCGCCAUCUUCCGACGAUCCCCGAACGACAUCGUAUGAGUCUUUCAAGACCUGCCAUGCCUCGGCGUGAUAUUGCAACCGAAAUGUUGCAGGAUGCUGGUGAAUCUUCGUCGUCCGCGGCUUCCCGUCAUCCUGCAGUCGGUGACGUGGAUGCCACCCCUCGGGUUUCCGUACACCCCCACAGCACCUCCCGCCGGGAGAGUGAGAAACACCAGGAACCGGAUGUUCCACGCAGCCUGCCUGCCACAGCCCUUCCAUUCACGGAUACGAAAACGUCCAACGUCGUGGAUCAGGCCCUGGUUGAAAGACUCGCCGGUGAAAUUGCUCGUCGCAUGCGCGAUGAGAAGCUGACCCCUGGCGGCACUUGCAGUGCCUUCUGGGAUCGCCUCAGUCAUGACGAUGCGCCUCCGGCGUAUGGUCAGUAAUCUUACUUUUAAGGUUCUCAAACAGGUCUCUCCUCUCCUUCACCUUCCUCUAUUCUCCUCGGACUUGAACCCGUGAUCAAUAAAGUCCUCGAAGCUCCAACAAGACCGAAGCUAUUCAUGACCGAUACGAC